AUGUCUGUUUAUCUACAAACUUUAGAUGAAGAUUUUCCGCGACUUCGUAUUCCAAUUAACUACAUACACAUUCCAAAAUCUCAGAUGGUUGACGGAUAUUGGGGUUUUAUCGUGAUUUCUGACGAUACUAUAUUUAACUUGUGGAAUGACAACUAUUCUUUCGACAAAUUUACUGCCAAUAUGAUCGCUGAAGUUGGUCGUACAAAACAUAUUCUAGCAUCUUUAAGGGAUCCCGGUUGGAUGUGGUACGAUUACGAUAUUGGUCUUGAAGCUCUUAAUAAGACUGCCGAUAAUAAAGGCGAUGUUUUCGAAUCUUUCAAAUUGAUGUCGGAAGUAAUGUUUGAAACUCGAGUUUUUCACGAGGUCGCUCUAAGCAAGCUUGGUGUUGCGAUUGGCUUCUAUCCAGACUACUCGGCUAUUUAUCUGUUUAACGAGCGAGGUGAAUGGGAAAAGCAUUAUAACCACAGCCAAACCGCUCUUCAUCCGGUGAAGCUUUCCUACUGCAGAGACAGGAGUGAGCGCCUGAAAGUCUGUAAAUAUGUAUUUGGAACUUUCAGAAAGUAUCUGUUAUCUUAA